GGUUGCUAAAAUCACUUGUAAUUAAAUUUGUUUUGUAUUAUUUUUGUAUGUGUAUUUAUAUAUAUAUAAUAAAAUGUUAAUUAUUUCACCUGUGAUAUCACAUUAGUUUGAAAAUAAACUAUCAUGCUAAACAACCUGCUUCAAUAUUAUUUACAUUCUAACCUUCUUCAUAAAAAUGAGUGCUGAUGGCGAUAAAAAGGAAUCCGACUUAAAUUUUAUGUCAAAUGAUUUUGAUAUAGUUGAACAUUUUGACGAAGAUGACUCCUCAACUGACAUUCCAUUACCAACUUUCGACCCAUGCGGCUUUCCCAAAGCGAAACACAGGACUAUAUCUGACUUAUCAUUGUCUAAACCUCAGGAAUAUGAGGAUAAUCUGAUUAAACCACUCCAGGAUAUGUCUCUUGAUGAGAUCAAAAAUGCUCAAAAAUAUUUGUACGAAAAACUUGGGAAAGAAACAUGUGAUUUUAUAAAAGAAAGAAGACUAAAAAGGGAUGAAGAGAGUAAAAGAGUGAAUGAAAGUGUAAAUGACCAGAAACCCAACGACUACACACCAUCCUCUAAUGAAUUGAUAUUUAAGUUCAACAAAAAUGAGUUUCAAAAAUACGAGUGGAUGAACCCACCAGAGUCCAAAACUAAAAAUGAAGAUAAAGAUCAAUUGCAACUACAUUCCUUGAGGUUUAGCUUUGAAGGAUGCUUGCUAAGUGAAUCUGAAACGAGCGAACACACAACGUAUGACACAUCUUUGUACAACCAUGGACUGGACCCAGAUAAGCCGGGUUACACCCUUCCAGAGUUACUUCACCUGUCCCAGAGUAGCUUUAAACCACAAGUUCAGGUAGCUAUUAGAACACUGGCUAAUGUUUUGUUCCGGUCAUACAAAGAAUUAAAGACAACAAAAGGUUCCAAGUGUUUUUUUGGGUAUGAUCAGUAUAGAUGGAACAACUACAUUAAUAGAGAUUUAGACUUGUUGCCCAAAAUUGUAUACUAUAUAUGCGAAUUUCAGUUAUCACUAAGUAUUUUAACGGAUUCAUUAAGGUGCCUAUCACUUUUGGUGUUUGGUGAUAGUGCAUUUUGGGACCAGAAUACCGAUACGAAAGAAUCACGUUCUGUUUAUUCUGUUGUACCAAUUGAAGACGUUUUAUUCGACUAUUACCAGUUCUAUUCAGGAGUUGACAUCUACUACUGGAAUCCACUCUAUUUGGACCUUUUGGAUACUGACUUAUUUGACAGUUCUGACCCCAAUCUUUGCACAAAGGGAUUCAAGUUUAAAAAAGACCUGGAAUCAUUUUAUUUAUCAUCAUUACAGGGAAAAUAUGAGUCACAUUCAACCGAUGAGUUGGUGAGAGAGAUUUUUGAAAUUCCAGAGGGAUACAACCCUGAGGAUGAGUCGGAUUUUGUAAUGGAUAACAGAUUGCUGAUGCUGUCAAAAAAUAACAUUAUACACAAAAUGUUGCUAAUUAUGAAAAGAUAUGACAGUAACACAGUAGUUCAAUUUUAUUGUACCUUAUCAAUUUGUGGAUUUUUGGCAUAUUUCAAAUCACCAUUGGCAAACGCAUUGGCAAAAUUUGAACCAUUCAAAGAUCAUUAUGAAAAUCUAGUAAACUCACUAAUUAGCAACAAAAACAAUGAUAAAUCAACACUUCACCUAAGAGGUGCAGUAUUAUAUUUGAUUAAGUAUCUCUCAAUAUACGUGGAUGAUUUGGGCUCUUAUUUUGAUUCCUCAUCCUCUGUAGCACUCAUUAAGUAUACAGUAACCCAGUGUUUCAACAAGGAACUUUACGAACUUAGUAUAAUUUUGGAUUUACAAAAAACUGAAAACUCCAGAGAAUUAAAAACGUACUCUUCUGUCGCUAUAAAGUGUUUGACUGUCUGGGCAAUUCGAGGAUAUGAUGUCGAUUUUUUGGAGGAGUUUGUGCCUCUUGUCGAUCUAGCCUUUUUCAAACUAAAAGAUAGUUUUAACGAAUUCAAAAACCCAAAUGUACAUCUUGAGGAAUUUUGUGAGCCAAUGACUUCACUCAUUACACAUAUUUCAACAUGUGUAAGAUUAAACGAUUUCCAUAAUUACCCCGACCAAAUCUUCACAAAUGUUAGUGAUAUUGUUUAUUUAUUUUGCAAGCAUAAUGAGUGGAAUGAGGAGUCGUUGAGUUUUUUACACAGCCUUCUACAGCUUAAUUACGAUCACCUUAACUCACUAACUACCUUGGAUAGUUUGAAUGGUUUUGGAGGCCAACUUGAUAGUUUAUUUAAAAUAUCGAAUAUACUGUUGAAAAAGGUGCAGGAUUCAUUUGAGAUUCCAGAUUUACUAAUGUCACUUACUUGGUUCGAAGGGUAUCAACAAUCGGGUUCAGGUGUGUGUUUACAUAACCAGGAGCUGGUUAAAAAAUUCCUUAGCAGGUCCAUGAUGUCGUUUAACUGCCUUAAUCUAGUCCUUAAAACAAUAGUAUGGUUUAGAAAUUUGGGAGAGUCUAGCAUGGAAAAGAUAACUUUGGUUAAGGAUCUGAAUACGUUGGAUGAAGGUUUCAUUAAACUUGCCGAAAAGAUGAUUGCGAAGUUGAAAAAGGUGUAUUUUAGUUUGUAUAAAAUCAAGUCGUUUUAUCUCAGUUUCUCACUCUAUAUAGUCAAGUCAAUACCAAUUUUAAAACCAUGGUUACAGUAUCUGAUUAAUUUAUUCCAAUUUGGCUUUAAUAGCUCUGAUGCACUGUUUACAGUACUGGCACUAUCAGUGGAUUAUGAAAUGAUUGAAGAUGCCUUAAUAUUGUUAAAGUAUAAGUUCUCGCAAAAUUUUGAGGGAGUUUUAGGCUCCUACAUUGAGUUUAACAAGUAUCUCUCAAGAUAUAGUGUCGGGGAUCAAAGACUACCAGUCGUUUCAUUCCUAGGAUAUUUGACCUGUGCCCCCAUCCAUAUUACCUUAAAUUCCCAGUUUAAUUUUGAGGAUGAAAUGAAUUUGAUGUCGCAAUUGCUCUACGGCAGUCUUAGAUCGAAAUUGUUAGAAUGGUGUGUCCCUGGUUAUCAGUUCACGCAGUUGGUGUACUCACUAUGUUCAAAUGACUCCCAAGAUUUGCUAUCAAAUGUUACUGAAAAACAGUAUCAACUGUUAAAAUCACUUGUUUUUGAUUUAAUAGGCGGGAAACCAGACUAUAGGAGUUAUGGUAACGAAAGGCAUGUUGGGACCAGUAGUGAAACAACACCUGAGAAUUCAGACACCAUCUGUAAACUUUGGUUAAAUGCAUUGAAAACUUUUAUGGCAAUUGGACAUGUAAAGAAUGAAAAACCAUCACUACUACACAACUUCAAUGAUGAAGAAGAAAUGAGUAGAAUGUGUAGAAAGUUGGUGAUGAAGUUUAACUCAGGGAAUAGUGAUUCACCCAUUACUGUGGGACUACUCCUGCUGUUUGGUUCUUGUAUAUCAACUGAAGAGUGUUCGAACCUAGUUUGGUCAGACGAGUCGUUGAUGUUGCUAAUUGGAAGAAAUUUAUGGUUGGAUUUUCAAACGUUUAGGGUCCACUCCACCCUAGUUCCAACCUUUAGUGUUGGCCACCUUAACACACUUAUUACACCCUUAGAGUCGGAUUCAGUUUUUAAAUUACAAAGGAAGCUCUUGGAGUCAUUCUCAGACCAAAGCAUGGAAAAACAAGACCCCGUGCUGUUUAUAACUCUCGUGUCAGUUUUGAAGAAUUCCAGAAAACGUGAACUUGAAGAAAUAGCGUCCAGUUCAAGAAGUAAUUUACUCAGAGAACUGUUGGUAAACAUUUCAAGGGAUGGAACUGGGUUGAUAAAUUAAUUUGAGUAUAGGUUAAUGGAAGUGUAUGAGCUCUAACUAUCCAGCCGGAGGAUUAUACCGGAAGGAUCCUGUGUACUCAUUAAAAUUGAUUCUUGUCGCAACAGUUUGUGGUUUGGAAGUAUAUAAAAGCACAUUAUUCCAAGUCCAAAUGUUGCAAAUCUAAUCUAAAAUAGAGGAAAACUAUAUAUAUUAGAUAAUUAUCAAGAAAAAUAUAUAAAGGAGGUAAGAAUUUAAUAAAUUAGUAAAAAA